CGAGCCGAGGCGUGCGGCAGUGACGUCGGCGGCGGCGCCGGCAGCGCGCGGUGGCGGCCAUGUCGCUGUACGGCGCGGCCGCCGCCGUGCUGAGCGCGCUGGAGCGCGGCGAGGGCGGCCUGAGCGGGCUGGUGUACGGCAGCCGCUUCCCGCACGCCCGGCAGCUGUACGCGCUGGUGGCCGAGACCCUGCGCUACUCCCCGGUGCUGGAGGCGGUGCUGGACGGCGCCGCGCUGCUGCGGGCCGAGAGGAGGCUGCCGCUGCCGCUGGCCAAGGUGCUGGUGUACGACCUGCUCUUCGGCAAGGGCCUCAAGUGCGGGGGCCGCUGGAAGGCGCUGCUCCGGCGGCACCGGGCGCGGCUAGAGGCCGAGCUGGCCCGGCUGAAGGUGCGGCGCGGGGUGAGCCGCAACGAGGAGCUGCUGGCGGCCGCCCCGGGAGCCGGCCCCGGAGCCCCGCGGGUCCCCCGCUACGUCCGGGUCAACACCCUGAAGGCGCGCGUGGACGACGUGGUGGACUUCUUCAAGCGCCAGGGCUACUCCUUCCUGGGCAAGGCAGGCAGCAUGGAGGAGCUGAGGACCCUGUCUGGGAAGAAAUUCUUACUGGAUCUUCAUCUCCCAGAGCUGCUGGUCUUCCCUCCACAGACUGACUUCCAUGACAACCGUCUCUAUACGUCAGGACACAUCAUUCUGCAGGACAAGGCCAGCUGCCUCCCUGCCUUCCUGCUCAGCCCCGUUGCCAGCUCCUACGUGAUUGAUGCCUGUGCUGCCCCUGGGAACAAGACCAGCCACCUGGCUGCCAUCCUGAAGAACAAGGGACAGAUUUUUGCCUUUGAUAUGGACGCCAAACGCCUGGCCACCAUGAACACCAUGCUGAUGCGAGCCGGUGUCACCAGCUUCAAGCUGGCCCAGCAGGACUUCCUGACGGUUGAUCCCCAGGACCCUAAGUACAGCAAAGUGACCUAUAUCCUGCUGGACCCGUCAUGCAGUGGCUCAGGGAUGGUGAACCGGCUGCCAGUGGAGGAAGCUGCCCCAAGUGCAGAGCGGCUGCAGGCACUGGCUGGCUUCCAGCGCAAAGUCUUAAGCCAUGCACUGAGCUUCCCGGCGGUCCAGCGCCUGGCCUACUCCACCUGCUCAGUGCACCGGGAAGAGAAUGAGGAUGUGGUGCAGGCAGUGCUCCAGGAACAGGGCUCGGCCUUCAGGCUAGUGAACGUGUUCCCAUCCUGGCCCUGCCGAGGACUUGCUACCUUCCCUGGGGCCGAGUGCUGCCUCCGUGCCUCUCCUGCAGCCACACUCACUCAGGGCUUCUUUGUGGCUGUCCUGGAGCGCUGCAGGGACCAGACUGCUGUCCCCAGCUCCUUGCCUGCAGCAGCUGAGGAAAGUCUGCAGCAAGGCGAGGAAGCAGAGCCAGGAGCAGCUCCUCCCAAGAAGAGGAGAAGGAAAAAGCAGCGGGUAAAGACAUGAAGUAACUUCCUCAGAGCAUGCAGCGGCUGGCUGUAGCUGCUGGGUGCUGUUCCUCCUGUGCCCUGCUGCACUGCAGCCCUUGUACUGCCUGGACAACAGAAAUAAAGCUUUGCACCAGCU